CACCCGAUUCUCUCCACUUCGUUCCCCGCCAACCGCAAUCAUUGACGCCAUGUCGGGCUAUUCAAGUGACCGAGACCACGGCCGGGAUCGAGGGUUUGGUGCACCUCGAUUUGGAGGAAGAAGGGCAGGGCCUCUAUCAGGAAAGAAGUUUGGAAAACCUGGGGAGAAACUAGUUAAAAAGCAGUGGAAUCUUGAUGAGCUGCCCAAAUUUGAGAAGAAUUUUUACCAAGAACACCCUGAUUUGUCCAGGCGCACAGCGCAAGAAGUAGAGACAUACAGAAGAAGCAAGGAAAUUACAGUUAGAGGACACAACUGCCCAAAGCCCGUUCUGAAUUUUUACGAAGCAAACUUCCCUGCAAACAUCAUGGAUGCAAUUGCAAGACAGAACUUUACUGAACCCACUGCUAUUCAAGCUCAGGGAUGGCCAGUUGCCCUAAGUGGAUUGGAUAUGGUUGGAGUAGCACAGACUGGAUCUGGGAAAACACUGUCUUAUUUGCUGCCUGCCAUUGUCCACAUCAAUCAUCAGCCGUUCCUAGAGAGAGGUGAUGGACCUAUUUGCUUGGUGCUGGCACCAACUCGGGAACUGGCCCAGCAGGUGCAGCAAGUGGCUGCUGAAUACUGUAGAGCAUGCCGAUUGAAGUCUACGUGCGUCUAUGGUGGUGCUCCCAAGGGACCACAAAUACGAGAUUUGGAGAGAGGUGUGGAGAUCUGUAUUGCAACACCUGGAAGACUGAUUGACUUUUUAGAGUGUGGAAAAACAAAUCUGAGACGAACCACCUACCUUGUCCUUGAUGAAGCAGAUAGAAUGCUUGAUAUGGGCUUCGAACCCCAAAUAAGAAAGAUUGUGGACCAGAUAAGGCCUGACAGGCAAACCCUAAUGUGGAGUGCAACUUGGCCAAAAGAAGUAAGACAGCUUGCUGAAGAUUUCCUGAAAGACUAUAUUCAUAUAAACAUUGGCGCACUGGAACUGAGUGCAAACCACAACAUUCUUCAGAUUGUGGAUGUGUGUCAUGAUGUAGAAAAGGAUGAAAAACUUAUUCGUCUGAUGGAAGAGAUCAUGAGUGAGAAGGAGAAUAAAACCAUUGUCUUUGUUGAAACCAAAAGAAGAUGUGAUGAACUUACUAGAAAAAUGAGGAGCGACGGGUGGCCUGCCAUGGCUAUUCAUGGUGACAAGAGUCAACAGGAACGUGAUUGGGUUCUAAGUGAAUUCAAACAUGGAAAAGCUCCUAUUCUGAUUGCUACGGAUGUGGCUUCCAGAGGGCUAGAUGUGGAAGAUGUGAAAUUUGUCAUCAAUUAUGACUACCCUAACUCCUCAGAGGAUUAUAUUCAUCGAAUUGGAAGAACUGCUCGCAGUACCAAAACAGGUCGUUCCAGGGGUAGAGGAGGCAUGAAGGAUGACCGUCGGGACAGAUACUCUGCAGGCAAAAGGGGUGGAUUUAAUACCUUUAGAGACAGGGAAAAUUAUGACAGAGGUUACUCUAGUCUGCUUAAGAGAGAUUUUGGGGCAAAGACCCAGAAUGGUGUUUACAGUGCGACAAAUUACACCAAUGGGAGCUUUGGAAGUAAUUUUGUGUCUGCUGGUAUACAGACCAGUUUUAGGACUGGUAAUCCAACAGGGACUUACCAGACUGGUUAUGAUAGCACUCAGCAAUAUGGAAGUAAUGUUCCAAAUAUGCACAAUGGUAUGAACCAACAGGCAUAUGCACAUCCUGCUACUGCAGCUGCACCUAUGAUUGGCUAUCCAAUGCCAACAGGAUAUUCUCAAUAAGACUUUAGAAGUAUAUUUAAAUGUCUGUAUUUCGUAAAUGCUCUUUAUAUUGUGUGUUAUCAGACAAGAUAGUUAUUUAAGAAACAUGGGAAAUGCAGAAAUGACUGCAGUGCAGCAGUAAUUAUGGUACACUUUUUCGCCAUUUAAGUUGCAUAUUUCUUUACAUUUCUGAAACAAUUUUUAGCUUUCUUUUUUUUUUGUACUAGAAAAUGCAGGCAGUGUUUUCACAAAGUGAAUGUACAGUGAUUUGAAAUACAAUAAUGAAGGCAAUGCAUGGCCUUCCAAUAAAAAAUAUUUGAAGACCGAAAAAAAAAAAA